AGUCUAGUUCUGCUUACAUUCCUCAAGCUUUCCAUAUAUUCUCUUUAACUUGAGUCUUGAAAACUACAAGGGGAGGGUGUUUUUGUGAAGGAGGUUUUAAGUUUGUUGAAAUCUUGAUUAAGAUCACAUAGGCUAGUGAGAAAUUUCAAGGUAAAAUUGUGGGUGGGGGGUGUGUCUUUGAAUAAGUAAUGCGUGCAGGAGCAAUAACAGUUCAACAGACCCUCACUACUGAGGCUGCUUCUGUAUUGAAGCAUUCUCUCGGCUUGGCGAGGCGGCGAGGCCAUGCUCAGGUGACUCCAUUGCAUGUAGCCACCAUACUUUUGAGCUCUAGAGGGAGUUUGUUGAGAAGGGCUUGUCUCAAAUCUCAGUCACCACAGUCUGUGCAUCCUCUGCAUUCCAGAGCACUUGAGCUUUGCUUCAAUGUGGCUCUUAAUAGGCUUCCCACCACGCCUGGCCCUCUGCUCCAUGGACAGCCUUCGCUGUCCAACGCUCUCAUUGCGGCGCUUAAGAGGGCACAAGCUCACCAGAGGAGGGGCUGCAUUGAGCAGCAGCAACAGCAGCAGCAGCAGCCUCUUUUGGCUAUUAAAGUGGAGCUGGAGCAGCUUAUUUUGUCUAUUUUGGAUGAUCCUAGUGUGAGUAGAGUCAUGAGGGAAGCUGGUUUUUCGAGUACUUUGAUCAAGAACAACUUGGAAGAGUCUGCUAAUUCAGCUUCACCUGUUUUUCAGUACUGUUAUAAUAGUAGUACUUCAGGGGGGGUUUAUUCAUCUCCUUGCUCUCCUAACUCGACUGCUGAGGCUACUAAUUAUCCGACUAAUUUCUUGCAUACCCAGUUCUUGAAUUACUCUUCUGAGCAGAACCCACUUUUCUUUUCACCUCUAAAGAAAGUUCAAGAAUCGGAAUAUGUCAAGGAGGAGGAUGUCAAGUUGGUUUUUGAGGUCUUGUUGAGGAAGAAAAAGAGGAACACUAUUAUUGUUGGAGAUUCAGUGGCCAUAACUGAAGGUCUUGUUACUGAAAUCAUGUCAAGGAUCGAAAGAGGCCGGGUUCAUAGUGAUGUUCCAGAAGAACUAAGAUCAGCCCAUUUCAUCAAGUUUCAGUUUUCAUCCAUCCCAUUGAGGUUCAUGAGAAGAGAUGAAGUGGAGAUGAACUUAUCAGACCUUAGAAGAAAGGUGGAUUCUCUUUCUCUAGGAGGAAGGGGAGUGAUUAUAUUCACAGGUGACUUGAAAUGGACAGUCGAAAACCAUUACGAUGAUUCGAGAGAAAACAAAUACAGCCCAGUUGAUCAUUUGGUCUCAGAGAUAGGAAGGCUGCUCUUUGAGUACAGCAACUCAAACACAAAGGUCUGGCUAAUGGCUACUGCAGAUUACCAAACUUACAUGAAGUGCCAAAUGAAACAACCUUCACUUGAGAUGCAAUGGUCUCUUCAAGCUGUUUCUGUUCCAUCUGGUGGACUUGGCCUGAGUCUCAAUGCCACUAGUGUACAUGAAACAAGAAUGGCCCCGUCUCAAAUGCUCGAGAGAAAGCUUUUCACCAGCAAAGAGGAAGUAGAUGUGUUCACUUGCUGUGCAGAAUGCACUAUCAAUUAUGAAAAAGAAGCUGCUUUGUUCAAAUCAGGCCAGCAAAACAAGCCUUCUUGGCUCGUAUCACAGAGUUCUGAUUCCCUUCAAAGGGAUAAUCUCGCUGAGUUGAGGAGGAAAUGGAGUAGACUAUGUCAUAGCCUCCACCAAGGCAGGAUUCAGAACCACAUGGAUUCUUCUUUAAGCCAUCGAGGUUUAAUUGGAACAAAUCAGUCAUAUACGUCAACACAUCCAUGGUGGCCUAAUAAGAAUAGCACAUCUCCAGACACUAAUUCAAUCUCAUUUGCAGAUUCAGGGUUGAAGCAUAAUCGUGUAAGUGGCAGCACUAUUCCACGCUUCAGACGACAACAAUCAUGUCACAUUGAGUUCAACUAUGACCGCUAUAACAAACAAGUAGAGGAACCAAACUUGAAUUCUCUGAAAGACGGGGAAGGAAAAGAAGAGAUAAUCACACUUGCUCUGGGUAACAUUCGACCCUUGGAUUCUGGGAAUGAUGAACGGAAGAUCCAAGAAGCGGAUUUAUGCAAAGUGCUGCAAGAGAAUGUGCCAUGGCAAUCAGAAAAAAUUCCUUCAAUUGUUCAAGUCCUGAUUGAAAAUACCAAGAAAGAGAAUACUUGGAUGAUAAUUCAUGGGAGUGACUCGAUAGGAAAAAGAAGAUUAGCUCUUGGAAUUUCAGAACUAGUGUUCGGAUCAUCUGACUACUACUUGUGCAUGAACAUGAGUGAUAAAGGAAACAAGACGGCCUCGUGUUCUAAAAUACUUGAAAGGGCAUUGAGAAUUCACGAAAAGCUUGUCCUUUUAGUAGAAGAUGUUGAUUUAGCUGAACCUCAGUUCUUAAAGUUUCUGAGGGAGGGAUUUGAGACGGGGAAUUUUGGCGAUACAACUAAGAAGACAGAUUGUGUAUUCAUCUUAACAAAGGCGUCUCAUAAGACGCACCAGAGUGAGGACAAGGAAAGCAAGACAUCAGUCAUACAAAUGAAGCUGGAGCUCAACGAAACAAGUCCUAGAUUUGACCAAAAGCGCAAACUGGACUAUGAAUUUUCGGGCAGGAGCAAGUCUGCAAGGUUCAAUGAGAAGGAAAUAGAGGGCUUGAUCAUUAGUGAAAAUUUGAAGAACAAAAAAGAUCUAAGUAGAGAAUCAAGCUCUAACACCCUCGAUCUUAAUCUCAUGGCUGAUGAUAAUGAUGACGAUGGAGAUGACAAAAAAGACUCACUUUCGAGUGACCUUGAGACUUCACUCAAGUUUCUUGAAACCAUCAAAAACCAGUUUGUUUUUGAUCAAGAAUGUCGAAAAAUGAAGGACACAUUCUUGCACAAGAUCAAGAGGGCAUUUGAGGCGGCCAAACAGGACGUCGAUCACGGUGAAUUACAAGUUGAGGAGGCAGUUUUGGAUGAAUUAGUAGGGGGGUGUGAUCAGUUUCUGGAGAAUUUGUUUGAUCAAUGGUUAACAGACAUUUUUCGAUCAAAUUUGAAUUCGGUUAAAAAUGGCGGGAAAGAAGCUGGGAAUAUAAUUAGGCUUUGUUUGGGUGACAAAAAAGAGAGUGGGGGUAUACAGGAGGGGGGUGGUAUACAAGAGGAUGGGUUUAAGGGUUCAAUUCUGCCCAAGAAAAUCCAUUUCUAAGUUAAUUUCUGUAAUGUCUUUAAUUACUAGUCUUUAUUUCUCUUUUGUAAAAAAACUUCUGUUGCAAUGUCCCUAUGUAUCUAACUAAUCAAUGCUCUUUUCUUA